UGUUAAGGGUUGGUUUGUGAGUUGGAGUUUUUCAAACCAAAGCCAAGAGGAAGCUAGGUUUUUAUAAACUUAAACAAAAAGUAAUUCAGUAAAAAACAUGCAGAACGUGAAAAACACAAAACUUUGGGGAAAAUGUAGAUUGUGAAGUCGAUAUGUUGGAAAACAUCCAUGUUUAAGAGUAGUCCAAUUUCUAUAUGACAAAGAAAAAACACCAAGUUGCACAAGGAUAUAUGUUAUUUUACGAAGUCAAAUCAUUUGCAGCAACACUCAAAAGCAUAUGAUAUAUGUGUGGCGUACUCAGAAUAAUCCAAUGUAUUAGCAAAGAGCCCAAGACUACUUCUUCAUCAUCGGGUCAGAACUCACGAGUCUAUAAGGUCUUUCAAACGCAGACAAUUUCAUUAAGGAACCGAUGGAGAAUACGCAUGACAUUAAAUCUAGCAGCGGAUGCGGAGGAGGGAUCGAUGUUCCCAGGCCGUCACCAUUCGAUUACUUGCCAGAGGAUUGCAUCUCCAACAUAAUCUCUUUUACAACUCCACGAGACGCGUGUGUUGCAGCUUCUGUUUCGAAAACCUUUGAAUCGGCUGUCCAAUCCGAUACCGUAUGGGAGAAGUUUCUUCCGCCGGAUUAUUCCUCUUUGGUUCCUCAAUCGCGAGUUUUCUUGUCCAAGAAGGAUCUCUAUUUCUCUCUCUGCCACGAACCUCUUCUAAUCGAAGACGGCAAAAAGAGCUUCUGGUUAGAGAAAACGAGUGGGAAAAGGUGUAUCAUGUUAUCUCCAAAGGAAAUGUGGAUCACAUGGGUUAGUAGUCCUCAGUAUUGGCGAUGGAUUUCAAUUUCUGAAGCUAGGUUUGAAGAAGUACCAAAGCUUCUCAACGUGUGCUGGUUUGAGGUUCGUGGUAGAAUGAGUACUCGUUACCUAUCUCCUGGAACUCAUUACUCUGUUUACAUUGUGUUCAAGCCAAAAGAUCAAUGUCCCGGAUUGGGGGAUUUACCAAUAAAAGUUAAAGUCGGAUUGGUGGGACAAGAACUUUUUCAAAGAUUCAUACGCUUUGUUGGGCCUAUGGAUCAAAGGUGUGGGAGAGAAAUGAGCGACGUAACGAGACCAGAGGAAAGAGAAGAUGGAUGGAUGGAAGCUGAGCUUGGUGAAUUUUUCAAUGAAAUAAGUUGUGAUGAUCAUGUUGAAGUAAGUGUUGUUGAGAUUAAGUCUCCUUAUUGGAAAAGUGGUUUGAUCAUUCAAGGAAUCGAAUUCCGCCCUACGAAGACGCCCGUAAACGAGAAAAUGUCUCAUAACUCCCCU